AUGCCGGGAUUAGAUAGAAAAUUGGUGGAACACAAGCUGCCAAUUAAGGAGGGUUACCUUCCAGUUAAACAGGCCAGAAGAAGAAUGUCUAUGGACACCGAACUGAAGGUCAAAGAAGAAAUAGAAAGAUUACUCAAAGCAAGAUUCAUUCGACCAGCCAUUUAUGCUUAUUGGCUAGCCAAUAUUGUGCCAGUUCUGAAAAGAAAAACAUGGGCAAUUAGAAUCUGUGUGGACUACAGGAAUCUGAAUGAAGCAUCUCCCAAGGAUGAGUACCCUAUGCCAAUGGCAUAUAUGCUAGUAGAUGGAGCUGCUCAUAACCAGAUGCUAUCUUUUAUGGAUGGCAAUGCAGGAUAUAAUCAAAUCAUGGUGGCAGAAGAAGACAUCCAUAAGACAGCUUUCAUGUGUCCAGCACAUAUAGGUGCUUUUGAGUAUACUGUAAUGCCUUUUGGCUUAAGAAAUGCAGGAGCUACUUAUCAAAGAGCAAUGAAUUCUGUUUUCCAUGAUAUGAUAGGGCAUUCUCUGGAAGUAUAUAUACAUAAUGUGGUGAUUAAAUCCCCAGAGGAGGGAAAUCAUGUAUCAAAUCUGAGAAAGGCAUUCCUAAGAAUGAAACAAUAUGAACUGAAAAUGAACCCCAAGAAAUGUGUUUUUAGAGUUCAAGCAGGAAAUUUCUUAGGUUUCUUGGUCCACCAAAGAGGCAUAGAGAUUGACAAAAACAAAGCAAAAUCCAUCAUAGAAGCUUUACCACCUCAGAACAAGAAAGAACUGCAGAGUCUCCUAGGAAAAAUUAAUUUUUUAAGGAGAUUCAUAUCUAAUUAUGCAGGAAAGAUCCAGCCUUUCUCCUCUUUGUUAAGACUGAAACAGGAAUAG